GAUCUAAGUUUCACACUCUGAUUAAUAGACAAUCCUCUGCCACGGGAUAUUCCGCAAUCUUGAUCCCUAUUAGUGACGGAGCCAGAAAUUUUACUGGGAGAUUAAUUAAAGAAUAAUGAACCAGAAAUUAUCGACUCAUUCGAUCUAGAACCAUUCAAAUUAAGAUAAUAAUGAACCAAAAUUAAAGAACAAGAGAUGAUCAUAACCAUAUUAAAAUCAUGCUUUGUCCAUUUACAGUGAUGUUUGAACCAGCUUGAAUUGAGAUAUGUAAAGUAAAUCAUAUGUGAUUUACACAAAUAAAAUAGCAAAUACGUUCACUUCCAUAAAAAAGAAUUCACUUAUUACUUAUUAGUACUCAUAAAAAAUCACUUUUUUAGGGAUGUAACGUAAGACAAAUCUCAUAUCGACAAAGUGCGGGAGAGAUCUAUGAUUCAUAAGGAACAUCAAACAUUUACUAACAAGAUGCAUUUUUGGUGAACUGGAAGAAUUCUUGUUUGUAAUAAUUUUUGAAGUUAAAUGUGCACGGUGUGACGCAAUGCAAUGAUAAGUGAUCUUCUGAAAAUUCGCCACCUAAGUUCAAAUUUUAUUUUUUUGGGGAAGCAUUUAAUAAUUAAUAGUGAUUCAUUUGCAAAUUACCACUUUGAAUGAAUAUUAAAACAAAAAAAAUCCACCUCUCUCUAACUUUACCUUUUUUAUAUUUACUCUCCCUUCUCUCUAAAAAGUCUCCUUUUUCCAGCCUUUCAUGGCAGCCGCCGACUCCUUCAGGUGACAGGCGGCAGCCCAAGUUUCUCUUUUUUCUCGCUUUUCUUGCUUGACUUACUUUUGAUCUUCAAGCCUUUGUUUCUAGGCGUUUCACCUUCAAGUUUUCAGUCUCCAGCCAUUUUGGCAUUCCAUAUCUAGGAUUUUGCAGGUUCAAGGCUUGCUCGUUUGAGGAUUUGGAGGUUGCAGCUUGGGAAGCUUGACCUUUGCUUUGUUUUGGUUGUUCUUUCCAGGUUGGUGGUCUCAUCUGCAAGAUGAAGCCAUUCUCAUCUUCCCCCCUCUGGCUUCCCCAAGGUGGUGUUGUUGCUUUGGAUGGUUGUCGGAUCGUGGAGAGGUGAGUCAUCUCCGGUUGGUGCGGUGGGAGUCGGUUCUUUUGUGGUGGUCUGUGGAUCUACUUGGAAGCUUGCUCCCCUUUGAACCGAACCUCUCUACCUUGGCCCCCUCUGCCUUAACAGCUUGGAGCAAUCUGUUUCACAGCCUCUUCCACUGUCAGGCAAUCUCUUUUGAGAUUCACUGUGAUGGAUGACUUUGAGCACUCCCCAGGAGACGGCGAAUAGCUUGCUAAGUCCAAUACCAUGGAUCUCGCUGUGAUAGGACAAGCUGUUCUAAUCUUCUUGCUCUUGGUUUGGUUGGAAGAAAGAGGGAUUAUAAAUGUUCUGUCUUUGUCUCAAGAACUUGGUUGUUUGUGUUGAGUGAUGUUCAUUCUGUGUCGUGCUUCCUCUAGUUGUAUUUUCUUUUGCAUGAUUUGGUAUCAUCGUGUGUUCCAUUGUUUCCUUGAUUUUGUGUUGAAGUCAGACUUUUAUUUUUACUUUGUAUCCAAUUAUUCAAAGUGCAAAUCCCUUUGUCAAAAAUAAAAAUUGAAUAUUAUUAUAAUUAUUUAUAUUUAGUAAUUGAUUAAUUUCCCUCCAACGACCCUAUUCUCCCCAUCACUCCCCACUUCUUCUUCCUUCCCCAAAGACCUCUCUGUAUAUUUAACUCCCACCCAAAAUCAUCCAAUCUCAACAUCUCCCCAAAAAUGGCGUCCCGUCUUUUCCUCCUCCCCGCCGUCCUCCUCCUUCUCGCGAUCUCCGCCGUCCCAUCCUCCGCAGACGACGACGACUGCGUCUACACGCUCUUCGUCCGCACCGGAUCCAUCUUCAAGGGCGGCACCGACUCCGCCAUCGGCGCGUGGCUCUACGACACCAACGGAUACUACCUCAAGAUCUCAGAUCUGCAGUCGUGGGCCGGGCUGAUGGGCCCGGGUUACAACUACUACGAGAGGGGCAAUCUCGACAUUUUCAGCGGCCGGGCGCCCUGCCUCACCGCCCCGAUCUGCGCCCUCAACCUCACCUCCGACGGAUCCGGCGACCACCACGGCUGGUACUGCAACUACGUCGAGACCGCCGUCACGGCCGUCCACGGCUCCUGCAGCCAGCAGACCUUCACCGUCGAGCAGUGGCUCGCCACCGACGUCUCGCCGUACGAACUCUCCGCGGUCAGGAACUUCUGUCCGUACGAUCUCGGCGCCGCCGGGGACAGGAAGGUCCGCGACGUGCGGCAGCGGAGCUCCUCCUCCCCCGCCGGCGGGAGGGCCGCCUCCGCCGUGUUGCGACAGGUGGUCGCCGCCGCUUAGAUUAGCUGUUAAUCUAAUCCCCCCGGUUUUAUGUGUACUGAGGAAAUUAUCGAGUGUGGGCAGUAGUAGUGUCGACUCUAUGUACUCUUAGUUCGAUAAUAAAUGAUUCCUUUUGUCUUUGCUUAAAUCCAAUUAGAUUAUCUAAUCACUUAGCUUGUUCACAAUAGACGGUGACACUAACAAUUGAAUUUUAAAAACCACUAAUUUCAAACACUUCAUCCAAUAUUCCAUCCAUAUUAUGAGAAAAUCACUAAAUUGGGACCGAUAAUUUUCGUCCACAACCCCGAUAGAAAAUAAAAAUAGUCUCCAAAUUCAAAUAUUAAGUUAGAUCUGACUAACUUAGAGCCACCUAUGUACUACAUACUGUGUAGUUUAGUGCCUAAUGUAUUUCAUAUGGACGAGUAUAGUGAUCAUAUUGGUCAUUAAUCCCGACAAACACAUUGAACACAUAAUCAAAUUCUAUACACAAUUUUUAUCAUUGUACAUGAAAUCAACUCUAUCGAACCAAAGAAAUUUUAAUUUACAGCAGCAUCUUCAUCCAUCUCUUGUAAAAAAAAACACAGGUCUCCAUCUAAAAUAUACAACAAAUGUUUUC